AAACGGCGCUGGUGCGGAACAAGGAGCCCUUCACCUUCGCUUUUGCAGGGCGAACUGCGAACAAGGUGAGGGAGAUGAGAGAUCGGGAGUUUGGCGGAACGGACUACGAGGACACACCUAUUCUACAGGCCUCCUACGAUGACGUCUUCUCGUUGAUGGACUUGUGCCGCAGUGCGUAUGUCAUCGUGAACGUCGCAGGUCCCUACAUGCUCACACAGGGUGAGCUGCUGCUGGAUUGCUGUUGUCGCUGCGGCACGGACUACUGCGACGUGAGUGGUGAGAUCCCUUGGUGA